AUGGCCGCCGAGACGACACCGCCGCCCAGGCCUCGCUCUCCCUCCGCUUUUCCCUAUGGAUGGCAUUCCCGGAAAAUGUGACGCUCCAGCUCGCGUGUCUCGGUGGCAGGCUCCGGAAGGUCCGCCCUCCCCCUCCCCGCUGCCGAUGUGAAUCCAAAUGGAGCGCUCGGAAGGAGGAGAGCAGAGCCAGCAGCAGCCCUGGGGGAAGCUGAUCCGGCUGGGUGCUGAUGAGGCAGAGCCGCACGUCUUGCUGCUGAAAAGAGAAUGGACAAUUGGUCGGAAGAAAGGUUGUGACUUAUCUUUCCCUGGUAACAAGUUGGUGUCUGGAGAUCACUGUAAAAUCAUAGUGGAUGAAGAAUCUGGUCAAGUGUCAUUGGAAGAUACAAGUACUAAUGGAACAGUAAUUAAUAAACUGAAAGUGGUGAAGAAGCAGACAUACCCUUUACAGACUGGAGAUGUGAUCUAUGUUGUUUACAGAAAAAAUGAGCCAGAGAACAAUGUUGCUUAUCUUUAUGAAUCCUUAAACACAAAGCAUGAUGCAACUCAAGAACCAGUAGAAGUUAACAUAGAAAACCAAUGCCAUGUGACCAAAGAUACCUCAAGUACAGGAAGAAGUAAUGAUGAGACUCAAAUUACCUCAUCACCAUCAGCUACUCAGUCUUGUUAUGAGGAACCACAGCCAUCUACUUCUACAUCUAACCUCUUUAAUGCUUCUUCUACCUCUCUUAUUGAGUCUGCAUCUGGUCAGCAGGAUAAUCCUUCUACAUCUGGAUCACAAUCCUCAGUUUUCACUCCCGUGCCUGCUUUCCCUAUAUUAGAAUCCACAUGUCUAAGAGCACUGCAUGACAAACAUGAAAUGGAUAUGAAUGCUGAGACUUCAGAAAUCACUGACAAAGAAAAAGCAGAAUCAGAUUCUCAAAGGGCAGAGGAGGAGGAAGGUUUGGAACCUGCUAAGAAGAAACCAAAAGGAGAUGAUGCUUGUCCAAAUCUUCCACCAGCAGCUCCAAGUGAAUGCAUAAUUAAAAUUGGCUCUGAAGAUGCAAAAGCAUCAAAUGUGAAACCAGAUAAGAUGGAAGAAACAUUAACUUGCAUUAUCUGCCAAGAAUUGUUGCAUGACUGUGUCAGCUUGCAGCCUUGUAUGCAUACUUUUUGUGCUGCCUGCUACUCAGGGUGGAUGGAAAGAUCUUCUCUGUGUCCAACUUGUCGUUGUCCAGUAGAACGGAUUUGUAAAAACCACAUUUUGAACAACUUGGUUGAAGCUUAUUUGAUUCAGCAUCCAGAUAAAUGUCGUAAUGAAGAUGAUGUUCGCAGCAUGGAUGCCAGAAACAAAAUUACUCAAGACAUGUUGCAGCCUAAAGUGAGGAGAUCAUUUUCAGAUGAGGAAGGAAGUUCUGAAGACCUAUUGGAAUUGUCAGAUGUAGAUAGUGAAUCUUCAGAUAUCAGCCAGCCAUAUAUAGUAUGCAGACAGUGCCCAGGGUAUAGAAGACACUCUGUUCCAACUCUGCCUGGUACAGGCCAAGAGACAGAAGCAGGAGGAAUGCAAGCACCGGGAGAUGCACCAUCUACAUCAGCCAACUUCCCUGCAACUGUCCAGGAAUAUGUGUGUCCUGCUCAAGGAAGUCAUGUAAUAUGCACCUGCUGCUUUCAGCCAAUGCCUGACCGAAGAGCAGAGCGUGAACAGAAUCCUCAUGUUGCUCCUCAGCAAUGUACAGUUUGUCUGCAACCCUUCUGUCACUUAUACUGGGGCUGCACUCGGAUGGCGUGUUUUGGCUGUUUGGCACCAUUCUGUGAAAUAAAUCUUGGUGAUAAGUGUUUAGAUGGAGUCCUAAAUAACAACCACUACGAGUCAGAUAUCCUAAAGGAUUACCUGGCAUCCAGGGGUAUGACAUGGAAAAACAUGUUAAAUGAAAGUCUCUUAGCUCUUCAAAGAGGAGUCUUUAUGUUGUCAGAUUACAGAAUUACUGGGAACACAGUGCUUUGCUACUGCUGUGGCCUUCGGAGCUUUCGGGAACUUGCCUACCAGUUCCGGCAGAAUAUUCCUGUUGCUGAGUUGCCAGUGACUGUCACCUCCCGUCCUGAUUGCUACUGGGGGCGCAACUGUCGAACUCAGGUCAAAGCACAUCAUGCCAUGAAAUUCAAUCACAUUUGUGAACAAACACGGUUCAAGAACUGAAUAUUUGUAGUCUGUAGGGAGGGGACAAAAACCUGUUACACUGCUUGUACAGUUCAAGGCUUCAGGGGACCUUCUUGGAUCCCCCCAUAGCAGGGACUCAAUAACUUUUACAUCAGGUAAUCUGGUGUGAACUUUUUAAUUUGUAGAAUUUUACAGCUGUACGUGCACAAGGUAGAUUUUUAUUUUUUUUUUUCCCAAGAAAGUGCAGCAACCAUUGCAUUCCAUCUUCAUGUUAGUGUCCCUGUAUCACUUCAGUGAGGAACACAAACAGAAAUCACACACACAAAAACCAGCCAUAUCUUGGGAAGACCUAAGAGUAAGGAGUGUAUUUGCACUACUUGUGAAGAACUAAGAAAAUCCUUAGACUUAAAAUAGAAAUGUUUUCCAAAGUAUCUGAUGGAUAUUUCAAGAGCCAUUAAUAUUUAAGAGAAGGAAACUGUCAAUGUCUGUUUGUAACAGCAUUUUGCAGUAGUCUGAUAUUUUGUCACCACCCAUUUAAUUUGGGCUUGAAACCACAUUAAUGUUCACUUAAAAAAAAUUUCUGUCCAUUGAACAGCUGUUUCAACUUAAAGCUUCUACCAUGUGCAGUGUUGUAGUUGAAGUAGUACAAUUCCUUAGUUUAGUCAUGUUGAUGAUUUUAUUCACAUUAAAUUACAAAAAUAAUUGCACAAAAAUUUGAAAAUCACAUAUAUAAAGUUGGGGUAAUACUUGAAGCAGAACAGGCUCCUGCUAAUAUUACUUCUGUAGUGUUUUAUUUCAGAAGACCAAACAAUGCUUUUGGCAUGGAGCAGCCAGUAGGACCCACUGGUUCAUUUUUUAAUUUCUUUUGUUUAAUAUUGUAUGCUAAAUAUGUACCUCUGCCAUACACCUGUUUUCUAGUAUGCAUACACUGGUGAAAACGUAGAAAAAGUUAUAAUUGAAAACAAAAUAUAGCAGCUUUACUGAAAGGAACAAUCUUACAGAAAAUAAUUCAGUUUGGACAAAUUGUAGCAAUACGGAGGCAUUGCUGGAUUGGGCUAAUGAAGGGGAAUACUGGUGUCACUGACAUGAAAGAUGUAAAGUUGAUUUUUAUGCCUUCUGCAGAGCUCUUUCAGAAAAUGUCCUGAGCAUCACUUAGAAAACAAAACAAAACCUAAAAAAUAUCAGCACAACCCAUCACCCCCUCCAAAUUGACACGAUCUGAUCUGUUUCAUCAUAAUCCAGUAGCUAAUGUUCACAAACCUCAACUGGGACAGUUUCUUUUUCAUCAUACCAAGAAGAGUGAAACAGAGUGAGGAGAAAGCAUACAAAGUUACCUCUGUAAAUACCAGAUUGUUUUUAAGUAUGCCUUAUUUUAUGAGCCAGAUUUAUACUUCAAUAAUAAAAAGUGCACACACAGUAUCUUGUGAUAUAAUGGAGCACAAAUGAUGCAGCACAUCAUGUCUACUGGUGUCAAUGAAUUGAAUAGCUAUUUAAAGUAAUGAACAUCUUAAUAUGAAUGCUAAUUAGAGUGAUGCAUUUCUGUUUAGAUUUUUAUUUUAUAAAUAGCUGUUGCAAGGAUGGGUCUGUUGGCCAUGCCUGUAUGCUAUUAAAAAUACACUUUGGUGUGGACUUCUCUUCCUAAUCUCUGGGCAUUUUCUCCUGUGAGUAGGAUUGAAAUUGGAUCUGGAAUAAUACUUGAAACUUCUUUUAACAAAAGUGUGUUUCUUUUAGUAUUAUUAACAAUGUUCUAUUGCUUCUGUAUUUGUAUUUUAUGUUUAGAUAUUUUUUUUUUAAUGGUUAUUGUAUCUUCUCAGGACAACCAUUCCCAGCUGGUUUUGAUCUCAUUUUCAUCUCUGGCUGUGCAUGUAGCAAACUGAGUGCAGUUGUGGAGAUCAAGCCUUUGCACAUUAGAUGCAGAAAAGUGCUUUGCAUUCUCAUUCACCACUUCCCACACCCCAGAUGGGCUUUCAGCAUAGGCUUGUCACUGUGCUAGUGUUCAAGCCUCUUGUGCUGAAUGUUUUUUAUUGGUCAAGCAUAAUGUGUCUACAGUACUAUGUACAGCCUCACUUGCACUUGAACUCAAGUUAUAUUCAUGUAGAAAUGUAUUAUGACUUUAGGCAAAAAAAAAAAUGGGGAAAAAACCCCAACAAACAACAAAACUCGUGUACUUAACAUCUAAACUACCUGUGCAGUAGAGGUUUUUCAAAUUCCUGUUAUAAACCUCUCUUCCUUUUCCCUGUUUCAGAUAAUUAAUCUGCCUUUCUAUGCAUUUAGGGUUGCAAUAGUGCAAUGGAACAAAGGGAUUUUUUUUGUCAUUUAUAUUGUACCAGGAAGAGAUGAGAAGUUAACUUGCAGAUGGGGAGGGUGAAUAAAUCCUGAUCUUUAUAUGCUCUUAAGUAAGUAAGAGUAUCUGUCAUGGGUAUUACAUACUCUAUACAUUAGACCUUUUAAAAUGUAUGGUUACCAGGUGAUAGUUAAUGUGAUAAAUUUACAAACUAUGCUUGGUGUAAUUGUUUAAAUACUGUAAAGGUGCAGUAUAUUUUUAACCUGUCUAAAGCACACCCCCACCUCCUUUAUAAGAGAGAUUUGGAAGUUGAGCAUGAAAUGUGGUAGAUUAGAUGCUGUGAAAACUGAGGUGAUUUUGAUAGGAUUUAACAUAGUGGUGAACAAAGUAUGUAGUCUCUCUCUUUGAGAAAGUUCUUUUAUAAAGAAGGUGGAGAGUAGUUCUUCCAGUUCUCUUCUGUGAUUUAUUUUUUUCCUGAACUAAGAAGUUAUUAAAAAAAAAAUUGUUGAA